AUGCUACGUGGCCAAGAUCGUGCCCAGUCAACAAAUCCAAUAUUUCGAGGUAUGCGUCUUAACACCGGCGAGCACGCCCCUGUGUGGGAAGAGGAAAAUGAGGACAUGCAUGACAGCAGCUCCCGAUCGCUUCUGACCAAGGGGCUACGGAAGGAAAAGGAGCAGCCCACCACUACUAAGCUUGGACCUACCCUUCCAAAUGGCGAGAUAAGGAAGCGAAAGCGAGUCACCUUUGCUGUGCCGGCACCAAUUCCGGCCAAAAUCGACCAAGAUCACCUCCACACGAUGUCUACAAUUGACAAGCUCGCCGAGGCGGAACCCCAAAAGCGACCGGGACUGAACCCAUUCACUGCCGUCGGUCCAGUCUCUGCCGUAAGCUGCAUCACCAAAACCGGCCCUAGGAAGCCCAUGUUGCUCAGUGAGGUUAGUAUGAACGAACCUUCAGAUUCACGAAAUCGCAUGCUGUCCGACUUGAUCAGGACCCUGGACAGCAAGAAUGUGGCCCCCCCUGAGCAGCAAGCAGUGGUGGACGCGGCAACAUCUAUGCGAGACAUGCAAGAAAAUCAGCAGACGAGUGAACAGGGCUCGUCUUCGGCUUCAACAGAGCACGAGGAGGAAGAUACCAAACUCAUUUCCACGAUGGACCCGGAAGACCCAGAAGACAAACCCCGCAACAAGUGGCUCAAAAUUCCCGGUCAGAUCUGGAGGAACACCACCGUAUUUCUCGCCAACACCGUCGACCACCUGCCCUUCUACACUUCCCUCAAGGAGAAACAGUGGCAGGCAGCAACACGCAUGUGGCAAGAGGAGGCCAACAACAAACGCAUGAGCGUACCUAGCACAAAAAAGAAGGCUGAGAACUCCCAUCACACACCUUGGCUGCGCUGCGACGGACUCUAG